UUAGCUGCGGGCGAUCGCAGCCCUGGUUUUCUAGUUUCUAUUUUGGUCGAGCGCUGUGUUUUAUUUAUGUUUGCCAUGGGAAAAUAGUGAUGUUAAUAGUGCUCAAAUAGGUACACCUGGUUAAAAUAAAGGGCCCCUUAAGCGGCUGACCCCAACAACACGAAUGCGGCGCUAGCGUAAACAAGUAUUUCGGAAUACUCGGAGUGCAGUUCGCGUCGGCCAGAAAUUGGAAAAUCGGGAAAUAAAUAGUGAAAAUUGUGCUCUUUUUGGUAUAUAACUAAUUGUGUAUAUUAAUAUUAAGGGUGAAAUAGCCACAAAAGCAACGAAAGUGUGGGAGAGUCCACUAUUACUCACUAUUCUAUUUUUGCUCAACGAACGACAACGAACAACAACAAACGGAGCAACAAAUGUUUGUUAAAACGAAACGUAGCUGAAGUUGAAGCAAUCUAGUGCGGAUCCGGAGCAGCCUUGAACAGCCCGAGCAUGGAUCAGCCACUGGUGGUGCAGGCGGAGUACUCCUUCAUGGGCAGCAACAACGACGAGUUGUGCUUCCAGAAGGGCGAUCUCAUCACGGUCACCCAGCGGGAGGACGGCGGCUGGUGGGAGGGAACGCUGAACGACAAGACUGGCUGGUUCCCCAGCAACUAUGUGAACGAGUGCAAGGUGCAGCUGCCCCUGGCGGAGACCAUUCGCCCGCCGGAGGAGAUCCAGGAGUACCGCUCCGUGGUCCUCAAGGAUCUGCUCGACUCGGAGCGAGCCCACGUGGCCGAGCUGCAGGGUCUGCUCGAGAACUUCCUAGAGCCCAUGCAACAGACGCAGAUACUCAGCCAAGAUGAGUACGCCCAGCUGAUGUGCAACUUUGUGGAGAUCGUGCGAACGCACGAGGACCUGCUUAUCCAGAUCGAGGAGUGCAACGAUCGGGUGGGAAAGCUAUUCCUCACCAGUGCCCCCUUGAUGAAGAAGGUCCACCAGGCCUAUUGUGCCGCCCAUCCAAAGGCCAUUGUCAUUUUGGAUAAGUACAAGGAUGAUUUGGAGAAGUACAUGGAGCGACAGGGAGCAGCCACUCCGGGAUUACUUGUGCUUACCACGGGUCUUUCAAAACCCUUUCGCAGACUGGACAAAUAUUCGGCCAUGCUGCAGGAACUGGAGCGGCACAUGGAGAGCAGUCAUCCAGAUCGAGGCGACACCCAAAGGAGUGUGGCUGUGUACAAGGAUAUAGCUGCCACCUGUUCGGCCACGCGUCGUCAAAAGGAACUGGAGCUGCAGGUGCUCACAGGACCAGUGCGUGGAUGGCAGGGCCAGGAGUUAAGCACCCUCGGAGACAUUAUCCACAUGGGCAGCGUGGCAGUUGGAGCAGAUCACCGCGAUCGCUACUUUGUGCUCUUCCCGCAAACAUUGCUAUUCCUGAGCGUUAGUCAGCGGAUGAGUGCGUUUAUCUACGAGGGUAAACUUCCUCUGACUGGAAUCAUUGUGAAUCGCUUGGAGGACACGGACUCCAUCAAGAACGCCUUUGAAAUCAGCAGUCCCUUGAUCGAUCGCAUUGUGGCUGUUUGCCAGGGUCCGAAUGAGGCCAACAAGUGGGUGGAGCUGCUCAAUGCCAACAAUCCCAGCCUGCCGAUGGGCAUCAAGCGGCAGCUGAGCAACCUGAGCAACUCAUCGCUGGGACACCUGAAUGCCGCCCAUCUGAGUCAACAUUUGGAUUCACGUGGCUACUGCACGCGGUUCUCGCUCUGUGCCUACUAUUCCGGUCCGCCGUGUUUUGUGCGCCCCCUUCGACUGACCCUGCCCCCCAGCAAUUACCCGCCCACGGCGCCGUACGCCAAUCUCAGUGCCCACUUUGCGCGGCUGGUGAAGAGCGGCGGAUUGAGGAGUGCGAUUGUGAAGAUGCUGCUCUAUCCGCAGGCUCGCCAGAGCAUCGAUCUCAAGCGGAUUGCGCUGCGCAAGAAGCGCUGCCACAAGGCGGCCGCCAAGUUGAAGGAUCUCAAUGCCAACCAGGAUUCGGGGCAGUCGGAACUGGAGCGGCAGGAUGCCAUCGAGCUGCGCACGGAUUCGGAGAGCUACGAUGACGAAUUCGAGGAUGACUUCUUGCAUUCCUGCGACUCGGAUCCGUUUGAAUACGUGCAGUUUUACCAGAACAGGCGCAACGAUUCCAUGUGCAACUCCGCGGGCACUUUUGUGGACCAUGGCCCGAGUGGCAGGAGGCACUGCUCCUCGAUAAAUCUCAUUAAACUGGAUUCCGUGGACACGGACGAGGUGUUGGCACAAAAUGAGCUGAAAAAGGAGUCGCUUGUUAUUGGUUCCAGGGCUCUGAGAGCUCUGGCUCGCAAAUCCACUACUCGGAAUUCCAGUGUGCACACUUCCACGGCAACUUUGGAGCUUGGAGUGGGUGGCAGCAUCACCAACUGCGUGGAGGAGGGACCUGAGCUAAAGCAAUCCUUCUCCCUGCAGCAGCAGAGCUCCGAUGCCAGUUCCAUGUAUGCAGGUCGGUUGGGCGGCGCUUUCACCGCCUGCGAGAACCUGGCCAGCAUGCCCGAUGAUCUCAGCCUGGAGUCGAGUGCCCAAGAGCCACCCACUCCACUGCCAGCUUCGCCGACGGAACGGCACAGCAUGCCCACCAUUUUUGUGGGCAAUCGUUUUAACCAGAGCGCAAAUACAGAGGUCUAUGUGCCCACGUGGCGCGAUCGCCAGGAGAUGCAGAAGCAGAGUGUGGAUGCGGAGCAGGAGGACGAACUGCACUCCAGUUCCAUGGAUCUGCCAGCUGCAUGUCGCACUGCUCCGGAUAAACUGCAAGCGGAGUUGCUCUACAACUACGACGAGGCUCUUGAUAAUCCUUUACAGCUGCAGCGGGAGCUCACUCCCUUUCCAAAGAUGAUACUCAACUCGGAUAAAAGGGUUUCCCACAAGAGCGACAGUCCCUCGACGGGUAAUCCCAAGUCAGAGGCGAAUCCCGCCACAAGAAGUAGUUCCACCACGGAGCUUUGCAUUGAUACUGCCUCGAAAAAGCGCAAUCCACCGCCGGAGAGGAGCAGGGAUUCCAUAAGACGCUGCAUUAGCUAUCAGUUCCUGCAGAUGUCCAAUCGCCCGGCUCCUCCACCGCCUCCGCCACGCAGAGAUCCGGAUCUCCACCUGGACACCAAGUGCCGCUGCUGCGAGAGCUCCCAGUGUCCCAGUCCGCGAUCCAGUGACAGCGGAAUGGCGGGCAGUUGCACCAUUACCUCACCGGAUCCUCCCAAUCCGGAAUGCUACUUUCCCCUCGAAGCAGCUGGCCAGGAUAUGCUGGACAAUGUGGAGCCGGAGAGGUUCGAUGUGUGCGGAAUGUUUAGAGAGAAGUUCCUCACCCCGGAGGCCACUCAAGAUGUGGCAGAUUCUGUGGAGGAGCAGCCUCCACUGCCAGAGGAACCCACCACUCCCACGAACCGCAAAGAGGAAUCCACUUGCAUAAGUUCCGCUCAAGUGCAAGUGAACUCGAGGAGUAUUUUCCUGCCCUCCAGCGCGAGCAUGGAUGAGACUACCCGGAGUGUCCCGUCCAACGAUCUCCUGUUUAGCUCGAGCUCCGAGGAUCGGCUCGAGGAUCGAGGACCGACCUUCCGAUCCGGGAUGUAUGCGCACUGGUGGAAGAAGGAGCGCCUGCCGCCGGAGGUGGUUCGCGGCAUCGCACACGCCUACAACAAGAGCCUGCCCUCCAAGGACUCGAAGGACUCGGGAUCGGUGUGCUCCAGCUGCUUCUGCUCGCUGGGAGCCAGCGGCUAUAGCGAGGGUGCACUGUACUGCUCGGUGUGCCAGAAUUGCGCAGACUACUACAAUGGGAGUGCCACCAGUACCACCAAUACGACGACCACCACGUCAUCCUCCAGUUGUCCGCUGUGCAGCGAGGACGAGGGGAUGAUCGCCUCCAUCCACGACUCCUCCUCGAUCGAUUGCCCCAUUUGCAUGGGACACAGUGCUUCCGGCGCCGAAGAAGGCAAGCAAACCGAAGUGGAUCGACCAGGUGGACCAGGUGGCCAAAGGAGGUGUCUCCUCGAUGGGCAUCCGGUUCUCCUGGCCGGCGGCGUUUGUUCCGUGCACGUGUUCCGUUUGAUUGUUUUGUAAAUUCGUUUUGCUCUCUCAUGUUCAUGUUCCAAAAACAAACCCUAAUGCUCAGACCAACCAUAAAACCAUUUGGCCAAAAGCAGCACGUCCAAAAAGAAAACCAGUCACCAUUCGCAUCCACACAAUGCUUCCUCAUUAGCACAUUCCUUGACUAACCGAAAGCGAAAUCAUUGAUUGAUAAAUUAUAGAAGAAAAUUUAUUAAAAGAGGGGUACUUUAAAAAUGAUUUAUCAGUUUUUAACUGUACAUUUAAUUUAAAACUCAUAAGAUUCAUCAUAUCCAAAGAACUGUUCUCCAUUCAUUGAUUCUAUGUUUGAGUUGAAAUUCCAUCCGAUCAAAAGCUAAACGAAUUACAAAACAUUUAUCUAACGCUCAGCAACACACAAAUUCGAAAUGAGAAUGAAAAUUCGAAAUCAGAAACCAAACAAACGCAUUCGAUUCGAUUUGCUUGCUGCGCUUUGCUCGCUGCAGGAUAUUUGCCUGAAGGACCUGCCUCCGCC